AUCCUCAGCUAACUGUAUUUUUCAUGGUUUUCUUCUCCAAUAGAUUGGGAAGCAGAAUGCCAUUUGAUGGAGCCAGUGAACCUGACCAUGCCCGUGGGUCACUAAAGUCUGAAUCAGACAUUUUGCAGAACACACUACCUGAAAAUGAGAAAUUCUAUUUUGAUCUGUCCAGAAUUAUUGAUAGAAAUGCAAGGCAUGCUGAUGGAAUUUUCACCAGUGUCUACAGCCAUCUUUUGGCUAAAGUUGCUGUGAAGAGAUAUCUGCAUUCGCUUAUUAGAAAACGAGUUAGCUCCCAGGACAGUCCAGUCAAACGCCACUCUGAUGCUGUCUUCACUGACAACUACAGCCGCUUUCGAAAGCAAAUGGCCGUGAAGAAAUACUUAAACUCAGUUUUAACUGGAAAAAGAAGCCAAGAAGAGCUAAACCCUGCUAAACUUCGAGAUGAAGCAGAACUUCUUGAACCUUCCUUUUCAGAAAACUAUGAUGAUGUUUCUGUAGAUGAGCUGCUGAGCCGCCUCCCACUGGACCUCUGAAGGACACCUGGUAAAGUCUAUGACAAGAACAAGUUAUUUUUGAGUUCCACAUAGUAUUUCAAAGAGCUGACUUUAGUCAUCAAACCAGAACAAAUAUGUUUGUGAAGUGAAAGUUGUGAUAUAUUUGUUUCUUAUGUAAUAAAAGUUGAUAUUUACAUUGUAAAUAUUACCCUAGAGUUCUCUACUGAAAGCUGUACAUAUGGAUGCCAGCUUAACUCAUGAGACGUGUGUAAGUCCCAUAUGCUGUAAAUCCUUUACUUCAAUAAAUUCAUU